AUGUCAUCUUCACAACAUGCAAUCAGUCCAAUUCCACCUCCAGCAGCCAAUCGCAAAUUAGAAGCAAAAGAUGGAGCUUUAGUAUGGAUAGAUUGUGAAAUGACAGGUUUGGACGUAGAAAGUGAACGUAUAAUCGAGAUUGCCUGUAUAAUCACAGAUGGUCAAUUAAACCCGCUUGAUGAAGGUGUAAAUUACGUUAUCAGAACGGAAAAAGAAGUACUUGAUAAAAUGAACGAUUGGUGUAUAAGACAACAUGGUCAUUCUGGUUUAACAAAAGCUUGUUUGGACCCGGAAAAAUCUUUUCAACAUGCUGAUGUAAGAGCUGCAAUACUGGCUUACGUUCGUGAUCGAAUUCCUCUACCUUAUCAUGCAUGUUUGGCUGGAAGUACCGUUCAUGCUGACGCCAAGUUUUUACAUAAAGAGAUGCCAGAGCUAAUGAGUCAUCUACAUUAUCGUAUCGUAGAUGUUUCCAGUAUCAAAGAAUUGGUAUCACGCUGGUACGGCGAGGACAAACGGUGGACUGGCGGAAAAGGAAAUCAUCGUGCUUUAGACGAUAUCAAAGGCAGUAUAGAAGAAUUAAAACAUUAUCGCAAACGGUUCUUUACCAAACAAUGA